UGGCAUAAACUCUCCCAUCUUCUCCGAAUUUUCCCCAACUUUUCUUUGAUUUGUCGUCAAGUUUCUAGUUAGCCGCCAUCAUCUGCGCUUUAAAAUUACCUAUCCCUUUACAAAAUUUGCGCGCAGAUAGGAAAUUUUUUUCAUCAUGAUCAGAACAGGAAGAAAUCUUUUAUAUAAAUAAUAAGAAAUUUUAAUUUUUAAAUACAUAUAUCACAUUAUUUGUAUAAUAAUACGUGACAUUGAAAAGUCUACCGGCGGAUAGGGGAUACAUAAGGUAUUUGGGAUUUCUUUUUAACAUACUGUUAUUUUUUCUGAAGGUUGAUGCGCGCCUCAUUUUAUAAGCCCUUCCGUUUUGGUCUGUCAGAAAACUUAAUCAGAAUUGGCUCCGGCAAUUUCUUUUGCCGAUGUUUUAAAACCCAGAUUCCAUUUUCGAGAACCCAUUAUGCUAAACUCACUCCCGACGAUUCCCAGCUUCUUCACUGUCUUUCUCAAGGUCGGUGCCAAGACGCACGUAAGCUGCUUGAGAAAUUGCCUGAGAGAAGCAGCCAUGGCCGCGUUGUUCACUGGACUUGUUUGCUCACGAAAUACUCGAGGAGUGGCUGGGUCGAUGAGGCACGGAUGCUCUUUGAUAUCAUGCCUGAGAAGAACAUUGUUUCUUACAAUGCAAUGCUGUCUGGGUAUGUGCAAUCUGGGAGGUUGAAUGAGGGCUGGCGAUUCUUUUAUGAGAUGCCAGAGAGAAAUGUUGUUUCCUGGACUUCAAUGCUCUGUGGGUUUGCGGAUGCGGGGAGGAUUGACGAGGCAAGGCAGUUGUUUGAUGCGAUGCCAGAGAGGAAUGUUGUUUCUUGGAAUUCGAUGAUGGCUGGGUUGAUUAAGAAUGGGGAUUUGGAGGGAGCAAGGCAGGUUUUUGACCAAAUGCCGACGAAGAAUGUUGUUUCUUGGAAUGCUAUGAUUUCUGGGUAUGCUGAGAAUUGUAGAAUGGACGAAGCAAGAGUUUUGUUUGAUGAGAUGCUCGAUAGGAAUGUGAUUACUUGGACUAGCAUGAUAUCCGGUUACUGUCGGUCUGGCCAUGUGGAUGAGGGAUACUCUUUGUUUGAAAAAACGCCUGAGAGGAAUGUUGUUUCUUGGACAGCCAUGAUUGGUGGCUUUGCUUGGAAUGGCUUCUAUAAAGUAGCUCUAUUGCUAUUUCUUGAACUGAAGGGGAACUACGACACAAAACCAAACGGAGAGACCUUCAUAUCGCUUGUUUAUGCUUGUGCGGGUAUUGGUUUGCCUCAUCUUGGCAAGCAACUACAUGCUCAGUUGUUCAAUGGUUGGGACCAUGAUGAUUAUGAUGGCAGAUUAUCAAAGAGCCUCAUUCACAUGUACUCGGCCUCUGGUAUCAUGGAUUCCGCGUACUUUCUUUUCAUCAAGAACUCAAGUAACUGUACCGCUCAGUCUUGUAAUUCUAUGAUUAACGGUUACAUACAGAUUGGGCAGCUAGAACAGGCUCAAAUUUGCUUUGACAAUGCACCCAUCCGAGACAAGAUCUCUUGGACGUCUAUGAUAACUGGGUAUUUUAGUGUUGGACAAGUAUCAAAAGCUUGUAAUAUGUUUCAAAUCAUGCCAGAAAAGGAUGCAAUUGCAUGGACAGUGAUGAUUUCGGGGCACAUCCAAAAUGAGCUUUUUGCUGAAGCUACCAAUUUGUUUUCAGAAAUGAGGUCAGAAGGUGUUUUGCCUCUCAGUUCAACAUAUUCAGUUCUUCUUGGAGCUGCAGGUGCAAUGGCAUAUCUUGAUUCUGGGAAACAGUUCCACAGCCUGCUGAUCAAAACACAGUACGAAUUUGACUUGUUUAUUAACAACGCACUGAUUUGCAUGUAUGCCAAAUGUGGGGAGCUAGAUGACGCUUACCGUACAUUCUCAAACAUGUGUUUCCGGGAUUUGAUUUCUUGGAAUUCCAUGAUUAUGGGGUUUUCAGACCACGGACAUGCAAAUGAGACUCUGAAGAUCUUUGGAGCCAUGGUCAAAUCUAAAAUCCGACCAAAUUCGGUCACUUUUUUGGGCAUCCUAUCAGCAUGUAGCCAUGCAGGGCUUGUCCCGAGAGGGUGCGAUUUUUUCCAUGCCAUGAGCAAUGUUUAUGCAAUUCAACCAGCUUUGGAGCAUUACAUUUGUAUGAUUAAUCUUCUGGGAAGAGCUGGGAAAGUAAAAGAAGCAGAAGAAUUUGUUUCAAGGCUUCCUUUCAAACCAGAUCGCACUGUUUGGGGUGCAUUGCUUGGUAUAUGCGGAUUUGGUGAAACGAAUGCUGAUGUUGCUAGAUAUGCAGCCAAAAAUUUCCUAGAGCUGGAUCCUUUAAAUGCACCAGCCCAUGUGGUGCUUUGCAACAUAUAUGCUGCAAAUGGUCAGCAUAUUGAGGAAAGACAGCUGAGAAGGGAGAUGGGAUUCAAAGGAGUGAGAAAGGUUCCUGGAUGCAGUUGGAUUCUGGUGCAAGGGAAAGUAAAUGUAUUCCUCUCAGGCGAUAAACUCCAUCCCGAAGUGGAUGAGAUGCUAUCCCUUGUAUUUGGCACUAUUAGUGAGUCAUAAAUCUAUGCAUCUAAUAUAUCAAGAAAGUUUAACCUACACUGGAAACUCAUGACAUGCCUGCUCUGAAUGUUGAGGAAAAUCCUCUCACGAUUUCAUUAUACCAAAUGCCGUUUGAAAAUAAUGGAAGGAAGAAAGCAUAUAAUAGUCGAAAGGAACAUGGAGUGAACGGAAAUAUGUUUGACAGACAGCGGUUCCUUCACUUGAUUAAACAGGGAAAAGUUCAAAUAUCCACAUAGGAGGGAACUUUGAGGAAUAUUGGAGCAGCCAAUUAUGUCACCCAAUACCUUAAAAGGUUCCUCAAAGUUGCUUUCAGGAUUUAGGCUGUUAAUUACCGUCUGUACUCGAUAUCAAUGACACCAAGUGACUGCAGAGAAGCAGCUGCUUCAGUAGUUUGAGCCAUCCGGCCAAACGCUCGCUUACUCAGGAUGAAGUCUGUGCCAUCACUCGAGCCUUGGUCAGUUAUAACUGCAGUUACUCCUUUGUCUGAGCAAUAGGCACUGUCGGUGCACCUCACCUAGGGAACCAUCAAGAAAAUUAAUUAUGAUCACAAAUAUUGAACACGCGCUUGCACACACACACACACACACACAUCUUAGAAUCGUGCAUGCUCACCUGGUAACAAGCUCCGCAUCCGAGGCCACUGCGAUAGAGGUCAGAGGCAGCUGAGACAUCCCCGCCAUUGAGUGUUGCUCCAAAUGAACCAAAUCCACAUGCACCAACUGCAGUUCGAUACAAGAAAAUAUCUAAAUUCGGAUAAUAAGUUGCUCGAGAGUGAACGAAGCAGUCACUGCACGUUGCAGCCUCGCCCGGAGAUUGCAGUAAAAGCAAAACAAUGAGAAGGGAGAGUACUUGAGACCCAAGAGAGAAAGCCAUUAGCAAAAUAGCGAAAGGAGAGCUUGCUAAUGAUCAAUAUUAUUGCAAAGGUGGUAUUGCAAUAUUGCACGAAGCUAUAGCUAAACGGUUACUGGUAUUUAUAGUAAACUGUAAAGGCCAUCUUCAAAUUUGGUAAGCUUUACUAACUUUGACAUUCUGCUCUGCCCAAGAAUAUUUGUUUUGCUUUUUUUUUUUUUAUAAUAGAAACGCUAAGGAGAAUCUCUCAAAGCAAGACUCUCUGUGGACUUUCUGUUACCUCACAGUUUAACGUCAAUUUUCAUACCAACAUCAACACUAUAAAACAAUAACAACAAUAACAACAAAGCUUUUUCUCACUAAGUAGGGUUGGCUAUAUGAAUCCUAGAACGCUAUUGCACUCGGUUAUGUGUCAACACUAUAAAACAUUGUGCGAAAAACAUGAGGUGAUAAAGAGUCUAAAGAGAGCCUCACUUUUGAAAAAGUCUUAUUACCAUUUUUUUUUUCGGAAUUAUGAUUAGUGGAGUUCUGUUA